GUCCAAUCCAACCACAUGUUCCGUUUCGUUGCCCGCGAUCGGGUUAGCGACAUAUUGCCUGUUGAUGUAUGAAUAUUUUUCACUUACAAAACUAUACUGUCAAAUGAAAUAAACCUCAACUCAACCAUGUCAAUGCGGUUCUUAACCUUGGAUGUUGGGGGUACAUAUGCUGUCACACCAAGUCAUGUCAAUACUCCACAAGACUUUACUUGUCAGCUGGUGGCUCACUACAAUCAAAUCAAUGAACUCACGACAGAAUUGAGUCUUUUCCAUGAAGUACUCUUACCAACAGUUGAGGGAAAUUUACCACAUGAUUAUCUUGUCCCAGGGUCUGUGGGGUGUGUCAAGUCAAAAAAUGGAAAAUGGUAUCGAGCUGUGUUGGUAUCACUGCCACGGAAUGACAUGAUCCAAGCAAAGUUCUUGGAUUAUGGCACCUUAGAAGAAGUCCAUGUUUCAAACUUAAAACAGAUUAGUAAACAAGAGUUUGUAGAUAUUCCGAUACAAGGAUUGGAAUUUAAACUAUGGAAUGUGAAACCACUAGGUCUGUCAUGGUCAGAAUCUGAGAACAACUUUUUUCAAAAUAUGGUGUUGGGAAAAGAAUUUGUUGUUAAGGUCAUCAAUGUAACCCCAGAGCGCCAUUUUGAGGUUAGUAUGCUCGAUCACGACAGACUUGAAAUUAAUCGACACUUCAAAGGUAUGACAUCAUCAAGCAACAAUGCAGUAUCACCACCACCUAUAGGAAUGCAGAGACAACCAAUCCUUCAUAAUUCACAAAGAAAUGUCAGAGGUCAGGGCAUUGCAUCUGGCUUACUUCCAAGAAAUCAACAACCACCAUCCAAGGUUUUGUCUCAUAAUGCUAACCAAGUGUUAUCUCUGAAGAAUCAGGUUUUAAAAGUUGGGUCUUCUUCCGUUGUUACAGUGGCUGUUAUCAAUAGUUUCACAGAUGUUGUCUGUCAUGUGACCCAAAACAUCCCUAUGCUUGAUGCCUUGAUGAGUGAUAUAGAUCAAUUCUAUUCAGCGCUAAUGCCAAAUGAUCUUGCAUUAGGCGGAGUUGUUCCUGGCAUGGCAUGCUGUGCUAGAUAUACUAAUAACAAUAACUGGUACCGUGCUGAAAUAGUCAGCAUGCAAGGACGAGGUAUAGAAGUUGAAUACGUUGAUUAUGGUAAUAGAGAAGUAUUACCAAUUAGCCGUUUGAAAAAAAUAAGUACGGCUUUUAUGUCUGUUCCAAAGCAAGGUGUGCAUUGUACUCUAGUCGAGGCAGAGAAUUCACUUAAUUACUCCCAAGAUGCAUUAGUAAUGUUUAAAAGACAAGUAAAUCAAAAUUUAUCUGCUCAAGUUAUGAAAGAGGUCCAGCCAGGCAAGUAUUUUAUAAUUCUCUCUGACAACGUUGGACAAAAUCUUUUGUCAAGAUUAAUGAUUCCCUCUUGUGCUGGUGAUGCUGGACAAAAUGUUCCAACUAUUCCAUCUAUCAGACUGAACCCUGGUCAGCAGAUUUCAGUAGAAGUAACAAGUGUUGUCAGCGUUAGUAGAUUCACUUGUCAACUGAAGAAUUCUACUGCAGAGCUUGAUGCAAUGAUGGACAAAAUGCACAGUUAUUACACUACUAACAGUAGUAAUAUUUCUCUCACCAACUCCUCAAGAGGUAUGCAUUGUUGUUGCCAGUUCACGGAGGAUGAUGGGUGGUAUCGUGCAGAAAUCACCAAUUUGAAUGGUGGGGAAGCAGAGGUCAAAUAUGUUGACUAUGGUAACAGUGAGAGACUGCCAUUAAACAGGAUCAAAGAUCUUCAGUUGGAAUUUAUUACUCUUCCAAAGCAGAGUAUUGAUUGCUGUGUAGAUGUUGCUUUCAAUGAAGCUAACAUUGAGUCACUGACAAGCAAAUUUGAAAGCUUAACUCAGGAGAAAAAUCUAACUGCAAUAGUUCUGCAAACUGAAGCAGAUGGAAGAUUCCGCCUCAAAUUGAUUGAUGGUAGUUCAGAUAUUGGACUGCAGUUACUUCAGUCACAGGAACCUCAAAAGCAGUUACCAAGAGGGCAAACUAAAUCAACUCAUCAUGCAUUGCUACAACAGCAAAUAUCAAACAGCUUCAACUAUCCAAAAUCAACUCUUCAGAUUGGUGUGGAACAAAAAGUGUAUGUUAGUCAUGUUGACAACCCAGAGUGCUUCUAUGUCCAACUCAGUGACUCUGCAGAAAAAAUGGAUGAAAUUGUUGAUGCUAUUCAUGAUCACUAUUCAAAACUAGGUCCAAAUGAUGAGACCUGCAUUCCUGAACUGGGUAUGCCAUGUAUCACUAAAUAUACAGCAGAUAAUGGAUGGUACAGAGCUAAGAUUACUGGUAUGUAUCAUAAUGGAGAUGUUCAAGUUAUUUUUGUUGAUUAUGGGAAUAUAGAAGUACUCAAAGGGUCUAAACUGAAAGAGCUUCAUAAGGAUUUCAUGUUGCUGCCUUCUCAGGGAAUCAAGUGUGCUUUAAUGGGAAUACAGAGUGGUGGACAAGAAUGGAGUGGAGACAUCACCUAUGGAUUUGAGGAACUCGUACUGAACAAAGAACUUUCAAUAAAUGCACUUCAGUACAACACUAAAUCCGAUUUGUACCAAGUACAGUUAUUUGAUAGUGACAGAAGCAACCUCUCUGUCAAGCUUUUAAAGAUGGCUGGAAGUGGAGCAGCUGGAGUCGCUACUAAUCCUUAUGAUGUUAUAACAUUCACCAAAGGACAAUAUGAGAAUGUUAUGAUAUCUCAUUCAGAGGAUCCAGGUAAUUUCUGGUGCCACAUUUCUGAAAAGAUACCAGAGAUUGAUGCUUUAAUGGAUGAUCUGUUUGAAGCAUAUGAUAGUAACUCUAGCCAAAGUCUUGGAUCAAAAGCUAAAGCCGGAUUGACUUGUUGUGCGAAGUACACCGACGAAUCUUGGUACAGAGCAAAAAUCCUCAAAGUCAAGGGCCAGGAUGCAAGUAUUCAGUUUGUUGAUUAUGGUAAUAUAUCACUUGUAAAAACAAGUGACCUUAAGCCACUUCAACACAAAUUUGAGAACCUGCCAGAGCAAGCCAUUGCAUGCUCUUUGGUUGAUAUAGCACCAAUUGGUGCUUCCUGGAGUGAACAAAGCGUUACAGUUUUUAAUGAAAUGGUGAUAGAUAAGAAAUUAGUACUUCAUGUAAUCAGUCAAGAAGAAUCUGGAAGAUCACUUGUAGAACUUGUAAACACUCAAGAAGAUAAAGUAAUCAAUGAAGCCAUGGUCAAUAAGGGACUUGCUAAAUCAACAAAAUCCUCAUAUAGUAGUAAAUCUUCAAGAUCAUCUUCAAGAGUGAGUUCUAAAGGUAGACAAUUAAUCCGAAAUAAUUCUCAGGAUAGCCUUAUCCAGGGUAAUUUGUCCAACUCUGGUUCCACAACAAGUCUUCCAUCACUUGUUGUUCUUGGCUUUAAAGAUGCAUCAUAUCGUCCAGGAUGUAAGCUUCCUGUGUAUAUAUCACAUGCUUGCUCACCAGCAGAAUUUUGGUGCCAGUCUGUUGAAACCUCUGGAAUGCUGGAUGAACUCAUGAAUAAAAUAGACCAGCAUUACAGCAAGCUGGAGCGAUCUGAACACAGUCUAGACACAACAACUGUUGGAACUCCUUGUAUUGCAAAAUACACAGCAGAUGAAGGAUGGUAUAGAGGCAUUAUUGUAAAUAAACAUAUGGGCUGCCUUGAAAUCAACUUCGUAGACUAUGGUAACACUGAACGGGUAUCUGUGACAGAUGUUAAGCAAAUCCUGCCCGAGUUCUUGGAGCUGCCAAUCCAAGGACUGAAGUGUGUAGUAAAGGGGAUGCAGACCAAAGGAACCAGUAAGUCAAUGGUGAAACAAUUUGCAGAUGUUGCCUCAGGGAUUGAACAGUUUAGUUGUAGUAUUCUUACAGAAUCUAGUGGUGUAUACGAAGUUGACCUGGAAUGGAAUGGGAAGAAAAUGAGCUCAGAACUUGCAUCUUCUAAAAACAAAAAAGAAAGGUCUAAUUCACAAAGAAGCAAUAUAAGUGAUGAUGUUUUUGGAAUGCCAGCAAUAAAAGGAAAUCAAAAUGCGAGAUUAACUCCACCACAAAAGGAUAGUGUAGACAGUGGAAGAUUAAGUGUUCCAUCUAACAGAACCACUAACUUUGGAAGUCCUGGCAGGGGAGGUUUUGGACAGAAACCAGAUAGGAUUGAGAGUAAACAAAGAAGGGAACCCUCAUUGUCAUAUGUUAUUGACUCAGUUGGAGUGGGAGGAUAUGAAGAUGUUGUAGUCAGCCAUAUUGAAAAUCCUAAUCAGUUCUGGUGCCAGCCAGCAAAAUCAUGUGCAGAGUUAGAUCAACUGAUGGAUUUGUUGAACCAAGAUGAGCAUCUUCCAAUUGAUGAUGUCAGAUCAGGAUCUCCUUGCUUAGCCAGAUUCAGAGAUGAUGAUAGUUUGUACCGGGCUGUAAUCAAAAGGCAGCUUCCAAAUUCUAAAGUAGAUAUCCAGUUUAUUGACUAUGGUAAUAGUGAUACUGUCUCAGUAAAAGAUUUAAAGAUAAUAAAACCUAGCUUCACCACCCUACCUGCACAAGCCAUUGAAUGCAGAAUUAAAGGCCUGCAAACAGAAGCUUCUAUUCUAACUGAUGACUUUGAAGGUUUGGUUGCAGAGAAACAGCUUGUCGCUUAUAUUUCAGGAAAGAAAGACAAGAUUUUAGAAAUUGUGCUUACAGAUACAUCAGGUGGAAAAGAUACUAUGAUAGCUGAUCAGUUAAACCUCAAAGCUGCUAACAAACCAAUGAAAUUCACACCUUUGAAUAUCAAAGUUGGUGACAAAGAAGACAUUUACAUCACCUGCACUGAUAAUGGAGGAGUAAUAUAUGCACAGUUUGGUAGCCAAGCAUCUUUGCUGGAAGAAAUACAGAACCGACUUCAGUCAUACUACACUAGUACCAAAAGUGAAAAUCUGUCUUGCUUUAACGUAAAAAAAAAUUGUUGUGCACUCUUCAAAGAUGACGAAAUGUGGUACCGAGCCACUAUUGAGGGACAUGGUGAGAAUGGAAAGGUCCUGGUAAGGUACACUGACUUUGGAAAUACAGAAGUUCAGGAGAAGUCAACUUUGAAAGAUUUGAUUCAUGCAGUUGCUGAUGUGCCACCACUUGCUCUCAAGUGUAUCAUUAAUGUUGAUAAUGCUAACAAAUGGAAUCAUGAUACCAAUCAGAAAUUCAGUGAAAUGGUUACAGAUAAACUUUUAAAAGCUGAAUUUUUGUCAGACUCAGUACCAUAUACAGUGAAACUGACACUUGAUGGAGGAGAUGUUGGAGACCUAUUUAGAUCCAAAGUUGUAGACUUUCCUCCAGAAGUACCUCUCAAGUUCAAAAGCAAUCAUAAUCUUCUGAAGGAUAAGAUUGAGGUAUAUGUUUGCCACACAGUUUCUCUUGACCAGUUUUGGUGUCAGCCUGCCAGUAGUGCUGAUGACCUAUCAGAGAUAAUGAAUUCUAUUCAUGAAGUUUAUAGCUGUUUGGGACAAAAAGAAAGAGCAGUUCAAGAAUUCACUGUCAAUACUCCAUGUGUUGCCAAAUUUGCUGAUGAUGAUGGCUGGUACAGAGGCCUGAUUGCUGGUUCAAGUGAUGAAGGAGUACAUGUAAUGUAUGUAGAUUAUGGUAAUAGUGCUGUGGUGUCUGCUACAGACAUUAAAACCAUUACACAAGAGUUUAUGUCCUUACCACCACAAGCAGUAUGUUGUCAGUUGAAGGGUGGUCAGAACUGGAAAGAAGGGGCAGUUGAGAAAUUUGAAGAAGAAACAACAGAUAAGAAGCUACUAGCUGAGGUGGUUGGAAAGAAAUUAGUUGAAUCUGACAUGGUCAUCAGAGUCAAUCUUCUUGAUAUGGGUGUCAGUGUUCUCCAGAAGCUUCUAGAUGCAGAACUUGGAGAGGUUCCUGAUGAAGAAGAAGUUGAGCCACUAUUGUUUUAUAAGUCAUCUUUGACAUUAGUUCAAGCUAAUGAGUUACUUGAAGUAUAUGUAUCUUCGGUUAACUCUAUCGAUGAUUUUAACGUUCAGCUCAACAAAACUGCCAAUGAACUAUCAACUGUCAUGGACACUAUUUUUGAAAUCUAUUCAAGUGAUAAUAUCGAGAAUGCUCCUCAUGUUCAGGGUCCGUGUAUAGCAAAGUAUGCAGAGGAUGGAGGCUGGUACAGAGGAGAGGUAACAGAAGUAGCAAGUGAAACUGGUCUUGUAUUUUUUGUAGACUAUGGCAACUCUGAACAUGUUCCUUGGACAGAUAUCAAGAGAACUUGUAUUGAAGCUACAGUAUUACCAGCACAGGCUGUAAAAUGCAAGCUAUCCCUUCCAGAGAACAUGAAUUCAAUGAAAGAGGAACUGAUAUUUAAGUUUCAGGAGGCAAUUUCAGAUAAGCUAUUAACUGCAGAAUUUUUGGUAUCAACUGAUGAUGUCUGGGAAGUAAAGUUGAGAGAAGAUGGUCAACUUGUUGCAGACAAUUUGGUGAAAACAGACGUAGCACCAAAUCAAGUUGAAGCUGCCCCAUCACAAACUUACAAGUCAUUAUGCUUCAAGGAAGGUGAUGAAAAACGUGUGGUUGUGUGUUGGUCUGAAUCACCAGGAGAAUUUUGGUGUCAAGUUGAAAGCAGGGAUGCUGAUUUAAAUGCAUUGAGUGAUGACAUACAGGCGCAUUAUGCAACAUUAGGUGAGGACUCUGAAAUAAUGGCACAGCAAAGAGUUGGUAUGCCAUGUGUAGCACCCGUCGAGGAGGAAGGAGUUUGGUAUCGUGCUAUUAUCACCAACUGCAGUGAGGAUCAAACAACUAUUCGAUAUGUGGAUUAUGGAAACACAGCCAUUUUGCAAAAAUCAAAGGUGAAAACCAUUCAAGAAUCAUUGCUUAGCCAGCCAGUGUUUGCAUUCAGGAGCAGUUUAGCUGGAGUCAGUCCUAAAGAUAAUAUCUGGAGUGCAGAAGCCUGUGAAGCAUUUGCAAAUCUUGCUUUCGAAGGUGUCCUAACAGCCUCAGUUACGAAGGUCAUUGAUGAUACUCAUUCCUGUUCUUUGAAAUUGGUUGAUGAUAAUGGGGUAUCACUUAAUCAAAGCUUACUGGAUUCAGCUGUAGCUGUGGCAACAGCAGAUGAUCCUGUUGUGAACACAAAAUGUACUGCAGACACAAAAUUGCCUCAAUAUAUUCAGAUGCCUAUACCCAUUGAACCAGAAAUUGAACUUCAGAUAUCACAUGUUGAAACACCUCACAAGUUCUUUAUCCAGCCAACAUCUAAUGCAGAGGAGCUUGAGCAGAUUUCUGCUAAGGUGAUGAAUAUUGUUCCAUCAGCUUCACCAAUAGAGCAGGUGAGAGUCGGAGAUGUCUGCCUAGCUAAAUAUUCACUAGAUGAGGUUUGGUAUAGAGCUGUGAUUGAUGGAACAGAAGACACAUUAAUAUACGUUACAUUUAUUGAUUAUGGUAACACAGAUGCAUUGCAACUGUCCGACCUCAAGCAGAUACCUGCUGAACUAUGUUCACUUCCAGCACAAGCAUUAGAAUGUAGGCUGUCUUCCGUAGCACCUUUAGGUGAGUCAUGGGAAGAUUCUGCAAGUGUUGCCUUCGAGGAAACUGUAAUAGAGCAGUUAUACAAUGCAACAUUUUCUGGUCAGUCUGUGGAGCUUUAUACUAAAGAGGGAACCCCUUUAAAAGAUAUUCUAAUUGAAGCUGGAAUAUGUAAACUGUCAAAUGUUCCAUCAGAAGAAGAGGAUGUAGCAGCUGUGCAAAGACCUUUAUCUGAUCAUGAAGAAAGGCUUAAUGAGAUUGCUAUUAUUGCUAAAGUAGUUGUGGAAGAUGUUAUUAAGGGAGCCCUAGAAUACCUUAAAGAUGAGUGUCUUGAUCCCAGCAAUUCAAGUGAUGAUCAAGACAUUCAGAGAGAUAGCACUGAAAUUAAAGAGUUUUAUUCACAACAAAAUAAAUCUGAAGUAAUAUCAGAAACAAACCUUGCAAAAGCACUAUUCAAUAACUCUGCUGUAGACAAUGAUAAGGCUACCACUGAACAGUUAACCACUGAGCCAUCAACUGGAAAACAAAUUAUUGCUCCAGCAACAGUGGAAAAAAUAUUGGAUGACAUUGUUGAAGCCAGUGUAAAUCAAGCAGUUGAGAGUACCAGAAUUUUUGAUGAUGCCAGUAUUAUUGAUGCUGUAAGUGAAGUUGCCAAUACCGAUGAGGUUGUGAAUACUUGUGAUGUUGCCAGUACUGGUGUUGUAGAUGAUAUUUCCAGUAAUGGCGAUGUUGCUAGUGCUGGUGAUGUUGUCAGUGAGGUUGCCAGUAAUAGUGCUGCUUCUAGUGAUGUUGCCAGUGCUGGUGAUAUUGUCAGCGAAGUUUCCAGUACUGCUGAUGUUGUCAGUGAUGUUGCUAGUAGUGGUGUCAAUGAUGUCAAUGGUGGUGUCAGUACUGGCUAUGAUGUUCGUAGAAGUGAUGUCACCAGUACUGAUUGCCCUGUGCCAAAAGAUAUACAGGCAACCUCAAGAAAAACUGGAUCUAUUACAGAAGAAUGGGAAGUCAUCAAGACUCCUGAACCAGUAGGGCAGGGAGGUAAUGGAGAGGACAAAAUUAACAUCACUGCCAUUCCACUGCAAGAAAGUGAAUAUGAUGAACCACAAGAAGCCAUUGAAGAGUGUCUCACUUCAGACAGUCAGGAUGAGAAGCCAGAUACUGGUUGCAACAAUGGUGAAGGUAUUGAGGGUGCCUUAUCGGAUGAGAACAUUGAACAGAAUGAUACAAAAUUGCAAGACACAGACGAAGAAUUUCUUGAUGCUGUCGAGGAUGAUAGUGAGCUUUUGCCAGAUGAAGGGACAGCCAAAAAUGAUGACACAACUGGGUUUCAGAAACCUAAUAUACAAUCUGAAAGCAAUGGCGCAAGUCUUGGAUCACAGGAGGCUACAAACCCUCUGGAGUGUGUCAAAAACAAUGGUGAAGCAGUGGAGAACCUCCAUGAGGAGUAAGAUGUUCAUGGAUUUUUUUAAACAAGUUGUUAUUAAGAAAUGUUAUUAAGAGACAUUAGUAUGAUGCAUAUAAAACCCUGCACAGCUUCAAAUAGAUACACUUUCAGCUUUUGGAUAAAAAAAAAAAAGAAGAAAUUGUCAAUCUGGAUGGAAAUAGAUUUAUGUUCUAUUUUGUUUUAAUAUUUGUCUUGAUGUGAAAAUGUUCUUUUUGUAAAUACAACUAGGAGAAAAGAAGUGUAAACGUGACAUUCGUCUGAAUUUGCUGUCUGAUACCUAAGCAUAAUGUGUGGCAAAACACCUGUGCAUGUGGGUAAAAUACAUAUAAAGUUGAAUUGAACAAAGACAACUGUAUUAUGUGGUGAAUACCUGUAAAAGUGUAAGUGUGUUUAACACACAUGCGCAUGAGGAAAGCUUCUGGAUACACAUUAAAAAUAUGUCAUUCUAUGUCAUUUUACAAAUAUCUUUAAAAUAUUGAUGGGUAUGAAUAUGCAAUCAUACCCUCUUUGAAACUGCUUCUGUAGUUCUUCAGGUGUUUCUUCAUAAAUAGAAAAUGCAGAACUAUUAGAAAAAAAAUUAUAUACUAUUGAAUGUAACCAUAAACCAUACACCUGUAUUUUGAGGUUUGUAUUUGGGUUGGUAAAACAACUCUGUAUAUGUGACUGGGUAUAAUACAUACUUAUUUGGUUGGUAAAACACCUACACAUGGUGGCAGCUAAAACAACUGUACAUUUUGGGUAUUGCUUGUUAACUUGUAAAUUUGGGUAAAACACCAGUAAAUUAUGGUAUAAUAUACCAUCUGUGCAUCGGUGUUUAUGUGAGCAUAGAACUUUAAAAUAUAUAGUAAAACAGGUACAGAAAGUGGAUAAAAUGCCAGUACAUGUGUGGGGAAACAUGGGUAUGAAUAAGUAAUCAUACCAUAUUAAAAAAUGUGUCUAGUUCUUUAGAAAGUUUACAACCAAAUAAUGUUUAAUUUUUCUGUAUUAAUCACAUUCUAUAACUUUUUAAAGUAUAUUGAUUUUUAGGUUUAAUAUUGUGUAGUUGACGUUAAAUAAAGUUUUGCAUUGGAUUUCUUCA